AUGGAUAUUUAUAAAAAAACCUUUUGGGACACCCUACUGGAGGAGCAGCAAACGGACAAUGAGGAAGUCAAGACCUUUUAUGAGAACUUUUUUAUCAGCUCCUACCAGGCAGUAUUUAAUACAAUAAUCAAAGAAAUAACUGUUCGCAAAAAAUUGGAAGAGGACUUGGAUAUUCCCCUCACUAAGUUGCUGGGAAGUGAAAACAGAAAGAAGCUGACGAUCCUGUUGAAGAAAAAUUUUGAAAUGUUCAAAGACACAAUCCUACUGCUUAUGAAGAAACGUGAGACCUUUCUGUCCACUUACACAUUUCAUCUGUCAACUCAACCAGAAGAUAAAGAAGAGCCUAAGGAAGUCAAGGAAGUAGUCCAUCCCCGUAAGAAAAUAGAAGUGGAUAACGAAUGGAUACAGAGCAAGACAAAGGUACAUCAAGGUGAUGGAAAGCUAAUUCUCUACUCCAACAAGAACAUCUUCCAAAUUCUCUUUCCUGAUGGGACAGGCCAGAUACACUAUCCAUCAGGAAACCUGGCGGUGCUCAUCGCCUGCACCGGUGUUAAAAAGUUCGUAUACGUCAUUCUGGAAGAUGAUAGGAAAAUGAGAGUUCAGGCCCUCAUCAACAACUCUGGCGAGGCCACCUUCUUUGAUGAAAAUGGAGACAUCUGGUUGAACCUGAGCAGAAGCCUGGGCCACUACUUCCCCAAAGGCCGGCCCCAGAAGGCCUGGAACUGGUGGGAUCUGAGGAUCCACAUCCACGAGCUCCCUAUCAAGUGUAUCUCCUUGAAAGUCAACAAGUACAUCCAGGUGCAAAUAAGAAGCCAAGAUCAGAUCCUCUUCUGCUACUUCCAUGAUCAGAAGUGGGUUUGUUUAAAUCUGGGCACUAAAUACAAGUUCAUAAACCCAGAAGUGCUGAGCAACAUGAAAAAGACAGCAGCCCUAGAGGUGGUACCUGGCCCAACAGCUUGGAAGAUCAAGAUCCUUCUGGGAAAAAUGAAUGGGAUCUUGAAUCUCCUGACCGUUCCUGACCUGGAAGACUUCAUCAAAGCCACCACAAUGUGGAAAGUGAACAUGAGUCUGGCAAAGAGUAAGUCUCAAGUCUGA